GACCCAGAUGGUGACCGAAGACUCUGUGGUCUAUUAUAACUAUUCAAUUAUUGGAACCUUCACUGUGAAGCUCAAAGUGGUGGCGGAGUGGGAGCAGACAAAGCCGGAUGCUGCCAAGGGCGUCAUGCAGAAGAUGGGCGACUUCUCGGCCUCACUGAAGCUGCAGGAAACCCUUCGAGGCAUUCAAGUCUUGGGGCCCACCCUAAUUCAAACUUUCCAAAAGAUGACAGUGACCUUGAACUUCCUGGGGAGCCCCCCUCUGAGUGUGUGCUGGCGUCUCAAGCACGAGUGUCUCCCACUGGAGGAGGGGGAAUGCCAGCCGGUGUCCGUGGCCAGCACAGCCUACAACCUGACCCACACCUUCCGGGAUCCUGGGGACUACUGCUUCAGCAUCCGGGCCGAGAAUGUCAUCAGCAAGACGCAUCAGUACCACAGGAUCCAGGUGUGGCCCUCCAGCAUCCAGCCUGCUGUCUUUGCCUUCCCGUGCGCCACGCUUAUCACUGUGAUGCUGGCCUUUAUCAUGUACAUGACUCUGCGGAAUGCCACUCAGCAAAAGGACAUGGUGGAGGUGGCUGAUUUUGACUUUUCCCCCAUGUCUGACAAGAACCCGGAGCCGCCCUCUGGUGUCAGGUGCUGCUGCCAGAUGUGCUGUGGGCCUUUCUUGCUGGAGACUCCAUCUGAGUACCUGGAAAUUGUCCGUGAGAACCACGGGCUGCUCCCACCCCUCUACAAGUCUGUUAAAACUUAUACAGUGUGAGCAACCCCCCAACCCCAUCUCGGUGUCCACUGGCUGCCAACUUGGAGCCUUGGGCAGGGUGGUGCAUACCAUACAGCAGGAGGGAUUUGUCUGCAUGGGGCCAUUCACCCUGGCUGUCUGUCUAUCUAUACAGUCCAGCCACUGCCACAAGCCUCUCUCAGUCACCUCCAUCCCACCCCCCACCUUUGAAGAGGCUCCAAGCAGGACUCUGACACUUGAUGUGUCCCCUGUUCUCUCCAGGUGGGCCUGGCUGUCCCUCACUCAUUCUUCUCGCAUUGGCACUCCUGCCCGUCAGGGGUUCACACUUCCCUUCCUGGGCAGCUCUGCCUAUGCCAGAGAUCUAGUAAGAGAUCACCGGUCACAAAUGGUUAAGGAUGCGUAGCAAAAAGUCAUACACACAGGUAGGCGUGCACGUGUACACACACACCCAUGUGUCACACGGGCAUCUCAGGUCAUUUGCUCUAUCUGUCAAGUCAGUUGCCAGUGUGCACCUUGACUAGAACUAGAAUGAAGUUUGACCUUCUCCACUCAGCCCAGCAGCUCCCAGGCUGGGCUUCCCUCUGUUUACUGUCUCUGCAGCUCCCUGGUCCUGUCCUGUGUGAGGCUAUACUAUUCCCUGCCUGCUCGCUGGGGGCUGGGUGGGGGCAGAACUAACACUUUCUGAGUGCAGAGUGCUUUAUAAAUACCACCUUCUUUUAUUGAAACCCAGAAGUUAAAUUCGCAUUGAGGAAAAAGCCUUGCAGCAACAGAAGAGGUUGAGCCAGUGGGGAUUUGGGGUCCCUGUGGGGGAUGGGGAGUGGUAUUCUUGCCCCCCAGCUGCUCCCAAGGUGGCCUUGAGAAGGAAAGCAGGCUGACAGAACCCGAGCAGGGGAAGCGGCCCACUCCCUCCCCUCCAGCCUGUGACGUGGGGGCAGCAGAGCAUUUGGAGAGGGCAAGUCACAGGUGCCCAGGGGGAUGACGAUGAGGCCAGGUGCAGGCAUCCAGGUGUGCUGGGAGCAGCCUGAGCCUGUUUGGAGAGGGAAGGGCAGGACCUGGGGGCAGAGCUCUGUCGCUGUAACCCUUUGCUCUCGGACUGUGCUGAAAACAGCAUUCACACUGUCGUGCAGCUCAUUCUCAUGAAAUACCGCCAUUAUUGCUGAAUAAAGCUUGUGUGCUCUAAAUAUAGCCAAGCAUA